AAAUGUAAAUGUAACGUUUGAGUGUUUGUAUUGUACUAUUGUAGUUUGACCAUUACACAAGCGUCAAGCCGUCAAGCGUCAAAAUCGGAACUCAAAUGCUUCCUACUUUCCUAGUACAGUAAAAUCAGUCGAUACGUUACAUCUCACCUUCCACUGAUCCGAGUGUCACACAAAAUAUAUUAAUAUUUAAUAAAUAUACAUUAUUUUCGCUUGUACCUUAUCAAAUAUUAGUAUUUAAUUUGUCAAUUGUCUUUAAAUAAUUAUUUUACUCGUUGUUUUGCAUCACAUCACUACAAGAUGCCUAUGAUAAAGUUACAAAGUUCAGAUGGAGAAGUGUUUCAAGUUGACUUCGAGAUCGCCAAAGCUUCAGUGACUAUCAAAACUAUGGUUGAAGACUUAGGAUUGGAAGAGGAAGAUGAGGAGAUCGUUCCGUUGCCUAACGUGAAUGCUGGUAUAUUGAAAAAAGUCAUCCAGUGGGCAACAUACCACAAGGACGACCCACCACCGUCCGAAGACGAUGAAGGACGUGAGAAGCGCACGGAUGAUAUAUCCAGUUGGGAUGCUGAUUUCUUGAAGGUGGAUCAGGGUACACUCUUUGAACUUAUAUUGGCCGCCAACUAUUUGGAUAUCAAAGGAUUGUUAGAUGUCACUUGCAAGACAGUCGCCAAUAUGAUCAAGGGUAAAACACCAGAGGAAAUAAGGAAAACUUUCAACAUAAAAAAUGAUUUCACAGCAGCAGAGGAGGAUCAAGUACGUAAAGAGAAUGAAUGGUGCGAGGAAAAGUAAUGAAUUUUUAUCCACAAAUAUACUUUUUUUUGUCAAAAGCAUAAUUUUAAUUUUUCAUUUAAUAAUAUACUUUUGUUUUAUAUUUAUUUACUUUUUGUAAUAGGAAUUUUGUUUUAGUAUAAAAAAUUUAUCUUACUAUAAGGAAAAUUUGGAUAAAAACAUUUGUUGUACAUUUUAUCUGUUUAAUUGUACUCGGCCUUAUUAAAUUAAAUAGAUAUCCUAACAUGUACAUUUCACUAUGUUUUUGAUUUGUAAAAGUAUUGAUUAAUAUAUUAUUAAAUUGCAUAUAUUUUUAGUGUAUGCUACUAUACAA